UACAUGUUAUUUGUUCCGGAUGAUAGACGUUCCGCCGCCUCCUUCAAGGAUCGUAAACUCUGGCGAUAGUUUCACUUUCGAUUCUCAAAUAGUACUGGCCACCAAGAUGACAGUAUAUGAAGACAUAGUAAAAUUAGUAGCUAAUCAUCUCAGGUGUUCCAUUUGUUAUGAGAUAUUCGUAAAACCGGUUACUUUGCUUUGCGGGCAUAACUACUGCCAAAAAUGUAUGCAGGGCCAUUUGCAAAAAAAUCCGUGUUGUCCCGAAUGUCGGACGAAGGUAGGAGCACAGCUCAAGAAAAAUAUCACGCUCUGUAACAUUUUAGAAAUUCCAGAAGCGGGUGGUCGUGACCUGUGGGACCAAGUUUUAACACGGGCUGAGCAGGACGUCAGGCACGAAGGACACACGGGGACACGAACACAAGACAUAUUGAGGAGAAGACUGGAAUUACUGAAGCAGGAAAUCAAAAAGAUAGAGGCGCACCUAGCUGAGCUAAAUUCUGACCACCAGGAUGGUUCCUGUUUUAAAAAAGAUGACAUUAACAUUCAAGAGACAUCAUCUGAGGUUUUAAUUUCCUUGCUGAAUACUGAGGGAGCAAGUCAGACUACUGAUAAAAGCAUAUUGAGUCAACAGUCAGUACAAGAGGACAACCUGAACGAGGACCCUCAGAUAGUCGAGAUGGAGAUUAUGAUGCAUGACUCCGAGAGCCUGCCAGAGAAGCGUGACUCCAUCUCUGGCCUGUCUGAAGGCUGCAGUCACUCUGCUGCUGGUUCCUCAGGGCUACAGAAAGGCUGCAACCCUAGAGCUUCAGCUGGCAGCAGUGGGUUUGCCCUGCUCACAUUCUCACCCCAGCUGGGUCACCGGCGACUGGUUUUCCGCCCAGACCAGCGGAGGAUAGAGGUCAGGCAUUCCCACGCAGCCCGUGCGGCCCAGCACUACUUCAGCGUCUGCCAGUGGAUGGCGGAGCAGGAGUUUGCCUCGGGGAGCCAUCACUGGGACGUGGACACGACCGACUGCAGGGCCUGGGCGGUGGGCGUGGCCCACGCAGACCUGAGGCAGGACCAGCGGCUCGGCCGGAGCCCCACGUCCUGGUGCAUCGAGUGGAGCAGCAAACGGCUGAGCGCCUGGAUCGCCGGCGUGGAGAUGCGCCUCGAACAGCGCCAGCCCAGCAGGGUCAGGGUUCUUCUGGACAUGGCGGACGGACAGCUGGCUUUCUGGAGCCUGUCGGACAGAGAGGCAGAAUUGUACAGUGUACAGGUGGAGUUCCGGGCCCCGGUUAGACCCGUUUUCUGGCUGUUUGGGACCCAGGAGAAAAAUGCCUUGUAUUUUCCUGCACCCUGAAAGGUGUUCUGGUCGUGUGCAUAUAUUUAUCUGAUUCAAAAUAAAUAUGGUCCAUUUUUAUGAAACUCACAUCCAUAGAACUGGAGUCACUGGGAAAUAAUUUUUUAGAAUAUCUUUAUCUGUAUAAUAUCUUUAUAAUCAUAACUCUUAGGAUGGUCCAUUUGGGACAUACUGUUCACAUGUUUUUCUUGCUUUCUUGUCUUUUGUACAGUGUACACGGUCUCUAGUCUUUCAAAAAUUACAGGUGUAUGAAAAUCUCAUCUUGGAUCACGUCUCCAUUCAUUGAUGUGACUCAAAAUCUUUUCAGAUAUAAAGAUUUUCAAACUAAACAUAUACAUCAUAAGUGUAGUUUAAAGAGAAACGUAGGCAUAUUUUUAGAUCUGUCAAACCGUUUUUUUUUCCAGUUAUCAUUUAAAGUAGAUAUUGAAAGCAUUUGUUUUUCUGUUCACGAUAUUCACUUA